AUGAUUCGCCCGUUUUUCAACCCAGCUUCUUCUCUACGGCUGAAAUUGGCCACUUCUCAACGGCGAUGCUUCUCAUCUGAUAUAGGAAGGAAAGUUUCUGACCCGCUCCGGGUUUUAUUUUGUGGCUCAGAUGCGUUCAGCUGCGAAUCCCUGCGUGCGUUACAUCGAGAACAUGAGGUGAACAGAAAGUUAAUCGAAUCCUUGGAUGUGAUGGUUCUGCCACCAAGGCGAACGGGGAGGGGUUUUAAGGAGAUUACAGAGGUACCGUGCAAGUCUGUUGCAGAACAUUUGGGGUUGAGAAUACAUCAGCGAGAGACAUUUAGAGGGUGGAGUAUCCCAGAAGGGACUAAUUUAAUUGUGGUUGUCUCUUUUGGACUAUUUGUUCCACCGCGGAUACUGAAAUCGGCAAAAUACGGUGGUUUAAAUGUUCAUCCAUCUCUCUUGCCACAUUUACGCGGACCAGCUCCAAUUCACCAUGCUAUGAUGCGCAACGACAAGUACACCGGUGUGUCUCUACAAACUUUGGAUCCCAAAGCUUUUGACCACGGGAUUGUUCUCGCUCAGACACCAUCUCCAGGCAUACCCAUCCCAGCUGGCGCUACGCUACGUCAUCUUACAGAAUCUCUUGCCAAAGUAGGCGCAGAGAUGCUUGUUCAAGGACUACGGGACGGGGUACAUGUACUGCCGUAUACGAACGUCGGGUGGAUGGCCGACCAGCUGAAAGAAAAAGAGCUCGUUCACGCACCGAAAGUGAGCAAAGGGGAAUCUCAAAUCAACUGGCCUGAAUGGAACUCUCCAGAUAUUGCACGCUUCCUUAAUAUCUUCAAUACAGUGUGGACACACGCGAGAAACGACAAAGGAAACUUCAAGCGAGUGCUGUUCUUAGAUGCAGAGAGCGUGUCUGAGCAGGACGUGACGGGAAGGAGUGAAGAAAUCGUAUUUCGGUACGAAAGAGGGAAUGAAACAGACGAUAUUCAGAGAAAUGUCAGAGUUGAUGAUGAGCAUGAUGCGUUUUAUAUACAGACGGUGGGCGAGAGCUGGGUGCGUGUGAGGAAUGUUAAGGUUGAUGGGAAGACGACGCAGACGGCGAAGGUUGGUAUGAGAGAAUUCAUGAAGAAGAUGAAGUGA